GAUGCCCGGAAUGCGACCGUGAAGAAGGAAAUCCAGAUCGAUGACGUCGUCCACGUGAUGCGGAGCUUCCCCGCCUGGCGGAAUGCCUGCAGCGCUCGGAGGGAAAUCUGGCUGUCUCCCACGGCGAUAGUUAGACUCUAGUUUCCUCGCUCGCCCUUGCCAUUGCGUUAUAAGGAUCCGCCAUCCCGAGAUUUCACGCAGUCAAUUUCUCUUGUCAGUACUCCUCCCAUUCCAUUCGUCGCUCCUCAGCCCUUCUUUCCGUUACACCCCGAGAUCAUCCCCCGCAUUUCUUCGACCGGGAGAACGAGGAAUCAGACGGAAACUUAGUUCGCUCGGCCUUCUGUCCGAGAUCCUGUGGCGCAUAGGAUUUAUAAUUGAGAGGGAGGCACGCUCGUUGACACCAUGGAAAGACUCAUUCGUCCUGUUUCUCGACACUUUUUGAGACCGCGCCCACGUUACCCUUUUUCGAUUCCGCCGGCCAUUUACGCUAAAAGACUAUACACGAUGGGCCACACGGUACCUACUUUGAAAGAUCAGUCUCUCUUCAUUGACAAGGCCUAUGUCAAUGGCGAGUGGGUUGGAGCCCAGUCCGGACAGACCUUCGAAAUCCACGACCCCGCUUCUGGAAAGCUCAUUGGAACAUGCCCCGAGUUCACCGCCGCAGACACCCAGAAGGCUAUCCAGGCCGCUACGGAUGCGUUCUCGACAUUCCGCAACACUUUGCCCCGCGAGCGUGCCCGCAUGCUCCGUCGGUGGUAUCAAUUGAUGAUCGAUAAUGCAGAUGAUCUGGCGACUCUGAUUACUUGGGAGAACGGAAAGCCCUUCGCGGACGCUAAGGGCGAGGUGAACUACGCUGCCGGUUUCUUCGAGUGGUUCAGUGAGGAAGCCCCCCGUAUCUAUGGUGACACGAUCCCUUCCUCCGUGGCCAGUAACAGGGUGAUUACCCUGAAGCAACCGGUCGGUGUUUGCGGUCUUAUCACGCCAUGGAACUUCCCUGCUGCCAUGAUCACGAGAAAGGUCGGCCCUGCUCUGGCGGCUGGCUGCACUGUGGUCGUCAAGACCCCCGGAGAGACCCCUUACACUGCCAACGCUCUUGCGGAGCUGGCAAACCGCGCCGGCAUUCCCAAGGGUGUUUUCAACAUCGUCACCGCUAUGAAGAAUACCCCUGAGGUUGGCGAGACGAUAACCACUAGCCCCGAUGUCCGCAAAGUGUCGUUCACCGGCUCAACCAAUGUCGGUAAGCUGCUCAUGAAGCAGUCGGCUUCCACCAUCAAGAAGGUGUCCUGGGAGCUGGGAGGUAACGCUCCUUUCAUUGUCUUCGACGAUGUCGAGGACCUCGAUACCGCUGUCGCCGGCGCCAUCGCCUCCAAGUUCCGCAGCUCUGGCCAGACCUGCGUGUGCGCCAACCGCAUCUACGUGCAGCGCGGCGUCUACGACGAAUUCGCGAAACGAUUCGUCGAGAAAGUCAAGACCUUCAAGCUCGGCGCUGGUUUCGGAGAAGGCGUCACCCACGGCCCGGUCAUCCACGGUCGCGCCAUCAACAAGGUCGACGAGCACGUCCAGGACGCCACCUCUAAGGGCGCCAAGGUGGUCGCCGGAGGCCGCAAGGUCCCCGAUCUGGGCCCCAACUUCUACGACCCGACCGUAUUGACCGAGAUGAACAAGGACAUGCUGCUUGCUUCCGAGGAGACCUUUGGCCCUGUCGCGGGCCUGUUCCCCUUCGAAUCGGAGAAGGAGGUCGUUGAUCUGGCGAACCGCGCCGAGGUCGGUCUUGCCGGGUACUUCUUCAGCGGUAACGUUCGACGGAUCUUCCGCGUGGCCGAGGCCUUGGAAGUGGGAAUGGUUGGUGUCAACACUGGUCUCAUUAGCGAUGUUGCCUCUCCGUUCGGCGGUGUUAAGCAGAGUGGAUUCGGCCGCGAGGGCAGCAAGUACGGCAUCGAGGAGUUCCUCACGAUCAAGAGCGUUACGUUCGGAGGAAUGGGUGAGCCUCUGCAGACGUAAAAAAAAAAAA